AUGGAAUUAGAGAGUCGCAUUAAGGCCUAUAGGUUUGUCGCAUAUUCCGCCGUCACAUUCUCCAUCGUGGCUGUUUUAUCUGUAUGUGUUACACUGCCAAUGGUCUACAAUUACGUGCAUCACGUACGGCGACAAAUGAAUAGUGAAAUCACUUUUUGCAAGUUUGGGAAUCCAAACAGUUUGAGGACUGGUAUUGAUGCUAUUGGUGAACUGCUUCCGUAA